UUUUUUCCCUCUCGGAAGCCUCCUGCAUCUCUCUCAUGCUAGUUGAGCUUUAAUAGGGUGGGGAGGAAUGGAGAACUCGGAUCUGUAAUAGCUCUUCACUUGACUGCAGCCAGCAAUAACAGCGGGAGCAGUCAGAGAUAAGAGAGAGGGGAGAGAGGGAGUGUGUGUGUGUGUGGAAGAGAGAGAGAAGAGGAGAGGGAGACAAGGACACGCACACACUCAAGCGGCCACUUUUUUUCCUCCCCUUCACUCUUUUCCCCCAUCCUAGGAUCCAAUGAUAGCUGGACAAGUCAGUAAGCCCUUGCUGUCAGUGCGGAGUGAAAUGAAUGCGGAGUUGAGAGGUGAGGACAAGGCUGCUACUUCAGACAGCGAGCUGAAUGAGCCCCUGCUUGCUCCCGUGGAAUCAAAUGACAGCGAGGACACUCCCAGCAAGCUCUUCGGGGCCAGAGGAAAUCCAGCACUGUCAGACCCAGGCACUCCUGAACACCAGGCCAGUCAGACCCACCCCCCUUUUCCAGUUGGACCACAGCCACUUCUGACAGCACAGCAGUUAGCCUCUGCAGUUGCUGGUGUGAUGCCCGGAGGCACGCCGGCCCUCAACCAGCCUAUCCUCAUCCCCUUCAACAUGGCCGGACAGCUAGGGGGGCAGCAAGGAUUGGUCCUCACACUGCCUACUGCGAAUCUCACCAACAUCCAAGGGCUGGUAGCAGCUGCUGCAGCCGGAGGCAUUAUGACUCUGCCAUUGCAAAAUCUACAAGGUAACCCACUGUGUCUCUGUGUCCUAUAG